AUGUCAUCAUCAUUGGAUAUAGCUUCCACCUACACUCUCCCAGCCGGGAACAAUAUCCCUGUACUCCAAUUGGGCGUGUACAAGUCCCCAGCAGACGUUACGCACAGGAGUGUUCAGUCAGCCAUCCAACUCGGUUACAGAGGCGUGGACACAGCGCAGUACUAUGCAAAUGAGUCUGAAGCCGGUUCUGCCAUUAGAGAAUCAGGCAAAAACAUAUUCAUCACGUCGAAAAUCAUGGAUUCAGCUGGCGAUGUUGAUGCCAAUUACGCCAAAUGCCUCGAGUCCGUAAACAAGAUCAACGUCGGCGCUGUGGAUCUCUUUCUCAUCCACUCCCCACGCUACCCCAACGGCGCACAAGACCGCAAGGCUGUGUGGUUGGCGUUGGAGCGAUUGGCCAAGGAGGGACGCGUCAAAGCGAUUGGCGUAUCAAAUUACGGCGUCAAGCAUCUUAAAGAGCUAGAGGAGUAUGCAUCCCUUCCAAUCAGCGUCAACCAGAUUGAGCUCCAUCCAUGGAAUCAAAUGAACGAUAUCGUCACCUACUGCAAGCAAAAGGGGAUAGUCGUUGAGGCUUACUGCCCUCUCGUGCGCGGCAGGAAGGCUGACGAUGCGCAUCUUGUGAAGAUCGCUGAGCAGACUGGCAAAUCUUGGGCUCAGGUGUUGGUGAGAUGGUCACUUCAGAGAGGAUUCGUUGUGCUGCCAAAGUCAGACAACGCAGAUCGCCAGAAGCUCAACGCUGACGUCUUUGAUUUCGAGUUGAGUGAUGAUCAAAUGACGCUGCUUAAUGGUUUAGAUGCGGGUGAACACAUUGCGCCAUGUCCAAUUGAUUGUGAUUAA